AUGGCGAAAUCGAAUAGACCCAAAGCUUCGGAGCGUAUGAUAGGCAAUGGUGAAGUUACUCCGAUUCAAGUCGCCUUCCUCGUCGAUCGAUACCUUUGCGAUAAUCGAUUUUUAAAAACCCGAUCCCUUUUCAGAUCUGAAGCUUCUUCUCUCAUCUCCAACUCUCCUGUUCGUGAAGUUCCGAACACUUUGAUACCUUUGAAUGAGAUUUUGAACGAAUACAUUCGUCUCAAGAAGGAGAAGAUGGUGAUGGAUCAGGAGAAAGCGAAACUGGAUCAAGAGAAAACUCGGGUUCAAAAUCUUUUGAAUGGGAUGCAAGAUGUGAUGAAUGCUUAUAACUCCACCGCCGCCGCAGCUCCUCCUCCUCCUCCGGCGAUUAUGGCGGCAGCUCCGACGGAUAUCCAAGUGGUUGCUUCUACUUCUAAACAGAACAACAUUGGCGUCUCUUCUUCAGGCUGCACUGUGUACAACACAGCUAAUGUUAGGCCAGUAUCAUUACCAGGAAACAAAAGAGUUGGGAGUUUCACAGCACCUUGUAUCACUCAGUCUACAAACAAAAAGCGAAAGAGUCCUGAGAUUUCUCUAGGAGCUCCUUCUGUUUCUAGGAAAGGGAUGAAAAAGCUCCCAGAAGCUGAUAAGGUGACUAAUUACUUGGCUUUUCAAACAUCAUCUCAAACACAAACGCCCGUGAGCAACGGUGUAGCUAAUAAGUCGUCGCCAAGUGUGGCAAAGUGUUUGUUUGACAAAUCAGACAUGUCUCCUCCGACCAAUUCUGCUUGUCCGAGGACACCGCAAAAGCAAGCAUCAGAUCAAAGUGAUAGACCUAUCACUCCCCAGGAAGAAGUUACUCCUACAAACUGCACAAUUGUUACUAAGGAGAGAAUCACAGUCAGUCCUCUCAAGCAAAUUGGUUCUUAUACAGUGGAAAGGAGCCAUAUGGUUUCUUCUUUUUCUCCGGUGAAGUCUAAUCUGAAAUUGUCGAGUAAAAGAGAUCAUGUGAAAGGAAGACUCAACUUCGAUGACACUGAAACCACAAUGCACUUGGAUGCACCUGCCACUGCUGAUAUGGUUUCCACUUCUUCAUCUGGCUCUGAAGCAGAAGCUGAUUUGUUUGACAUAGAUUUUUCCAAUAUAGAUCUUCUGAGUGAAGACUUUUCAUUUUCGGAGUUACUAGUCGAUUUCGAUCUUGGUUGUGAAGGAAUGUCAGACCCUUGCCUUCCACAACCAUCAAACUUCCACAUAGAGAGUGCUUCAGGGUCAUCUCCUGAAUCAAGAAACACGAAUCUAGAGCCUGACCAGGUUGUAUCAGAGUAUACAUCAACAGUAACAGAAAUGAUUCAAGGGAAAGACAUGAAUACACAAGGAUCUGACUCUAUGACUACUGUGAAAUCCAUAACAAAAUGCUUACGAAUCUUAAGUCCUGCCAAGAAUUGCAGACAAAGAGCCACAAUGGACUGAUUCGAAAGUCGACAUAACCACGCUUCUAUAUAUUUUGAGAGCUCCGUAACUUAGAUUGUUUUUUCGGAUGUAUCCCUUAAUGUGGUAGGCUCCUAACUAGUUCUAAAUGUAAGUUAUUAAGUAUUUCCUCUAAGUUAGAGAUUAGUUUGGUAGCUCAAUUCUCUCUACAUGACUUAUCUGUAAAAGUAGAAUUAACUUGUUAUUUUA